ACUUAAACUUAAAAGAGAGUCAACAAGAGCAAGCAUAACUGGAUUGGGGCCUAUAAAGGCGAACGCAAAUCAAGUGGUUCAAUUACAGGUUUCGUCGCAAUAUCAAACGUCGUAUUCCAUACAGCUUCGAGCCUAUGUGAUUUCUAAGCAAUUGACCACUCAAAUGCCCAUGAAAACUAUGAAUACAAGCAACUGGUCUCACAUACAAAAUCUACACCUGGCUGACCCAAGUUAUAAUACACCAGGUCCAGUAGAUCUUCUCCUUGGAGUGAAAGUAUAUGCACAGAUUAUCCAAGAAAAUACACCAAUAAUUAAGGGUCCACCGGGUACACCAUGUGCUCAGAAAACAUACUUUGGCUGGAUCUUGUUUGGAGAUAAUGGAGAGACGGAUACAAGUAUACAAGAAAAAUCUUUCAUUACGAUGCAUCAUCAAGUCGAUGUUGAUGAUUUAUUGAAGACUAUAUGGGAGGUAGAACCAGAUACAAAGAGAACAUUAACUGAAGAAGAACAAACAUGUGAAAGAAUUUACGAAAGUACCUACAAAAGAAAUGAAGAAGGAAGAUACAUCGUCAAAUUACCUUUAAAAACAGAAGUACCACGAGCAUGUGAAGGAAAUACACGAGAAAUAGCACAGAACAGAUUAAUACAACUAGAGAGAAGAUUUCUAAAAAUGCCAAAGCUCAAAGAAGAAUAUGUAAAGGUGAUUGACGAUUACAUCGAACAGAAGCACAUGGAAAAGGUACCAACCGAAGAAAUACAUACAAAGAAGAGUGUAUACUUAGCCCACCAUGCAAUUAUUCGAGAAGAGAAGGAAACUACAAAAACGCGCGUCGUGUAUGACGCGUCGUGUAAGGGUACCAAUGGUUUCUCAUUAAACGACGACCUUCUGGUUGGGCCAGUGUUACAAGAAGAUUUGCGAAGUUUGAUAAUGAGAUGGCGAAUGCACGCUAUAUGCUUCGUCUCAGACAUUCACAAGAUGUAUCGGAUGGUGCUGACAACCAAAGAAGAUUCCGACUAUCAGAGAAUUUUAUGGAGAAGUAGCAGCGACAAGGAAAUAGAAGAUUACCGUCUCCUUACAGUAACUUUUGGAACAGCUUCAGCUCCAUAUCUGGCAGUUAAAACUUUGCGACAGCUGGCUAUAGAUGAAGGAGACAAGUUUCCUGUUGCAGCAAAGAUGAUCACAGAAGACUUCUACGUCGACGACCUGAUGUCGGGAUGUGACACCACCGAACAAGCCAUAGAAGCCAGCAACCAAUUGCAAGAAGUUAUGCGAAAGGGUGGAUUUCAGCUAAAAAAAUGGUCAUCCAAUAGUGUUGAAUUUAUGCGAAGUUUGAAGCCCGAAGAUAGAUCAGCUAACGCGCAUCUUGAUUUAAAUAUGGACGGCACGAUUAAGGCACUUGGUGUUCAAUGGAACAUGGGAACAGACCAAUUCGAGUACAACCUCAACCUUCCAGAAGUAAACAAUCACAUCAGCAAACGAACAAUUUUGUCUGAUAUCCAGAAACUGUUUGACCCUCUGGGCUGGAUCUCACCAUGUGUCCUGAUGGCUAAAAUACUGAUACAGAAGUUGUGGCUAGCAAAGGUGAAUUGGGACGAGGAACUUAGUCAACCCUUAAAAGAUGAAUGGCUUCAAUUAAGAGCAGACUUGAGACAUGUCAAUGAGAUCCGUAUUGAUAGAUGGCUUGACACUUUGAGCACUGAAGGAGCAAAUAUUCAGAUACACGGGUUCAGUGAUGCCUCUAUCUCCGCAUACGGGGCAGCCGUUUACAUUAGAGUAGAAAGGGCGGAUGGUACAGUUAAAACAAGGUUGAUUGCUUCGAGAACAAGAGUCUCUCCCGUGAAGACUGUCUCAUUACCCAGAUUGGAACUGUGUGGAGCUGUCGUGUUGGCAAAAUUGUUAAGACAAGUCAGCCGUGCUAUGAGAAUACCAGCUUCACAAAUAUUCGCAUGGACAGAUUCUUCCAUUGUAAUUUCAUGGAUUUUCGGCGAACCACAAAGAUGGAAAACGUUUGUGGCAAACAGAGUUGUGGAAAUAACAAACAAUGUUCGUCAAAACCAAUGGCAUCAUGUCACUUCAGAGGAUAACCCCGCCGACGUCGCUUCCAGAGGAAUGUACUUGUCCGACUUGAAGGCUUCUAAGCUAUGGUGGGAAGGGCCAGAAUGGCUAUCUAGAAAGGAAAUAGAAUACAGAAGACCAAAUGUCAUUUCCACUGACAUAGAAAGCAAGAAUGUGAUACAGACAAAUUUAAACGUGCAUGGAAGCGAGAAGGAGAGUAAUUUGACAGACCAAUUUAAAGAAUUUGAUAAUUUACAAGAAUUAAUAAAAACAAUCACAUAUUGCCGCAAAUUUCUGAACAUGAAAAAACUGAAAAUAGACAAUUUAAAUCUAACUACUCACGACUUGGAACGCACACUGCAAAUAUGUGUAAGACUUGUACAAAAAGAAGAGUUUGGAGAAGAAAUAGACAGAAUAAUGACAAACAAACAAGUACACAAACGGAGCUCUAUAAAAUCUUUAAAUCCCUAUUUGGAAGAAGGUCUACUGAGAGUGGGAGGAAGGCUUAGACUUGCAAACAUAAACAACGAAGAAAAGCAUCCCUUAAUAUUGGGUAACAGAAAUAACUUAAUUCCUCUCAUAAUAGCUGACGCACACUUGAAGACCUUGCACGGUGGAAUAACACUCACGAUGAGUUAUUUACGUUCCAAAUUUUGGAUUAUAAAGGCAAAGAACAUGGUAAGGGCUCACGUCAAUAAAUGCCUUGUAUGCGUCAGACAAAACGCUGCUCCUAAACCACAGCUGAUGGGAGACCUGCCAAGAGAACGAGUUACGCCUGCUAGACCGUUUUUACAUAGUGGCGUCGACUUUGCAGGACCUUUCACUACCCUAAUGUCUAAGGGUAGAGGAGCAAAGACCACUAAGACGUAUGUAGCUAUAUUUAUAUGCUUAUCAGUCAAAUGCAUACAUCUAGAACUAGUCAGUGACCUGACUUCUGAAGCUUUUAUAGCUGCCUUCAAGAGAUUUGUGGCCAGGAGAGGGAAAUGCAACCAUUUGUGGAGCGACCAAGGAAGAAACUUUGUUGGCGCCAAUAAGGAAUUGAUUAAUGCAUGGAAAGAGGCACAACUAGAUUUCGCUGGUGAAAUUGCCGAUUCCUUGGCUAGAGACGGUACGCAAUGGCACUUCAUCCCCGCCUAUAGUCCGAAUUUUGGUGGUUUGUGGGAGGCUGGUGUAAAAUCCCUGAAACAUCACAUAAAAAGAAUCAUCACCUCUCACCUUACCUUCGAAGAAUUUAACACGAUCCUUUGCGAAAUUGAGGCAUGCUUAAAUUCAAGGCCGUUAUGUCCAAUUGAUAACGACGAUACAGACAGCAUAGAACCCCUUACACCCGGGCACUUUCUGAUCGGCGAAGCACCCAUAAACGUCCCAUCGCCCGACUUGAAAGAUGUUAGAAUGAGCUCACUAUCACGAUGGCAGCAUACACAGAAAUUGGUUAGAGAUCUCUGGUGUAGAUGGCAGCAAGAGUACCUGUCACGUUUGCAACAGCGACCAAAGUGGUUGAAAAGAGUAGAAGAGUUCAAAGAGGGACAGAUUGUUCUCAUUAAAACCGACAAUCUUCCACCUGGAAAAUGGGCUCUCGGCCGAAUAGUCGCUAAACAUCCAGGUCCAGAUCAUAUUACGCGAGUGUAUAGUGUUAAAAGUGGUGAUAGUGUGGUGAAAAGACCUGUUACAAAACUAUGCUUAUUACCAAUAGAGAUUAAUGAUUAAUGUACCUAUCAAUCUAUUUUGCAUGCUUUUAAUUUCUUAAAAUGUAUAAUUGUUUUUUAAAGGACUUAGUAGUCCUUUGGCCGGCGGUAUGUUAACGCGCACACAAAUACCUAUCAUCAUACCUAGUGACAGCAUUAUACAUGCAUUUCUUAUUUAGUCGCAUUACAA